CAGAUCUCACCUAGAUCCUAUCAAGUAAAACAUGCCAUUAACAACCCUAGAACGAAUCAUAAACCUCAAGGAAUCGUCGUCUUUGAUAGUGAUUGAAGACUCUACAAAACAGUCAUGCGCUAGACUUUUGAAAGCUUUUGCAGCGUCAAGCAUAGGUCCUGACAGGAGGCUUGUGGUGGUGUCUGUCGAACAGGCGUACUGGAAAUGGAAGCGAAUACUGAAUUUGGAGAGCCUGACCAUAAUAGAUGUAUAUUCCUCCUGCUUUUCAUGGCUCGAUCCUCCUGUGGCCGCCCCGGUCCGAUCUGCUAAUAUCAAGAAUCUGGUAUCGGUAAUCGAGACAGAGCUGCAAACCGCGCAAAAUGGACGAAUCACUGUUCUAUUUGAUAGUAUAAAUCCGUUCCUGCUCCGUUAUUCCUUGGCAACCGUGGCGCGAUUGGUUAAGAGUCUAUCUGCACUUGGUAGCGAUAAUGUCCGAAUCAUUCUCCCUUUCCACGGGGACGUACCCGUACUGGAUGCGUCAGGAAAUUCGCUAAUACCUCCAAUCGGGUCCGUCCUGGCGAACGCGGCCACAACAUAUGUUACCGUCCGGCAUGGAAAGGAUUUUGGUAUCAUAUUUGGACGCGAUGGCGGAGCUGUGGAUGUAUUCGAAACUGUUGAUGCGCAUAAUCCUGCCGGAGGAAUAUGUGAAGUACUUCACAAAAAGAAGUCUGGAAAGGUCCUACGUGAGGCGGUGGCUUACAAAGUAUCUGCUACGGACAGCGAUCUCUUGACGUUUCACACGGUGGAUGACCUGCGGUCUGUGAAUGAUAGUCAGCCAUCCCCCCCAUCGAAUCCCGCAGAGAGGACGCCUGAUCCGACCGCCAAUCUUUCCUUCAACCUACGUCUAACCGAUGAGCAGAAAGUAGCAAGAGCAGAGGUCGUGCUACCCUACAUGAAGGCGCAAACUGCAGAAGGUCCAUCUGAGACGGCAAUAUAUUAUGAGCCAGAGGAUGAUGAUUACGAUGACGAGGACCCGGAUGCGGACCUGGAUAUAUAAUUCCCACCAACGCAAAUAAAUACAUAUAUACAUAAAUUGAUGGCACUAGAACUCAUUAUUAUCCGGAUUAAUCCGGUUAAUCAUAUCGCAUAAUCAGAACCCCCUUCUAUCGCUCAAAGCGGUGAGGCA